AUGCUGCUUGGUGAGCUUACGAUCACUCUUCAGGACGUUGCCACACUGAAUGGUAUAUCGAUCGAUGGUGAGGCCGUCAUAGUAGACGUACCGGAUCGGGAGUGGUCGGAGACGUGUAUCAGACUGUUAGGACAUGCUCAUAACGAUCUUAACGGGGGUGUCGUUAAGAUUACUUGGCUAAGGGAGCAUUUCAACAAUCUGCCGCCAAAUGCAUCACCAGAGAUUACAGAGUAG